UACACCCUUAGCCGGUUAGGUGUAGCAAAGCAAUCUGGUUCAUGUUUAUCAUUCCACCAUCAUAACCCGACCGACUAACAACAGAAAACCCGAGAAAUGGGAGCCUUACCGGCAGUUUACACACUGGGAUUCUCCCCUAAUCGUUUCACAAACACCGCCACCGCUGUCCGAACAAGUAGUGUAACAGUGUCACCGACAGCCGGACUUAAAUCAACUUUUGUCGUAAGCAGCAAUGUCCGACAGAAAUUGAGGAAACUACCAAGUUCAAGAUUAAACACAAGUCAUGUCUGCAAAUGCCAACUUAUUCAAGAUUUUGCCCCUAUAGCUUCUGCAGGCUACGCUGUUCUUCUUCUUGGCGGUGGUCUUUUUGCCUAUAACAAAUCUGGAAGCAAAGGGUCGCUCUUUGGUGGGCUUACAGGGGCAACUCUUAUGUCUGUUGCGUACUAUCUUAUGCAGGCAUCCGACACUAAGGAAUUAGGCGACGCACUUGCAUUUGGGGCUUCUCUCCUUUUUGCCUUCGUAUUUGGCAUUCGUUUUGCAGCCACACGCAAAGUAGUCCCCGCAGGCUUGCUAUUGGUUAUUUCAAUCGGUUUAACAGCAUUGACCUUAUCAGCUUAUUUACAAGACAAGGUCUGAUGUAACGUGUAAUCGCUUCACUUUGCAUGUUGCACCUCUUAUGCUUGUCCAAAAUGCUACCCUGUUGAUGUUUGAACACGAAAAUAAUAAUAAUAAUGAGGAUAUUAGUUAUCUGGUUGA